AUGAAAGCCGUUUUGAGGGCCGAGACCCGUGCCAAUGUCCAGCUUUGCCCGUUUCACCAAGACAUGGCAUUGCAGUGUCAGAUUCCGAGCGACAGCCACUGCACCAAAGAGGAGGAGCAAAACAAUUCGAGGUUUCUUGGCGACGCUAACGCGAACCGCGAGACCCAGGCCAAGCGAGGGGUGUUCAGGCGAGGCUGGCUGUUAGCCCACGUCAUUCCCGUCUCGCAAGAAGCCCCGUCGACACCAGACAGCGCUGACGGGCGUGGGAGGUUCAGACCGCCGAUGAUACGAGGAGCGGAACGAGUCGAACUGGGGGCGAGUCAAUCCGGGUAUGGAAAGUCGAUGCCGAGUCUGUGA